AUGCAGGACUCGCUCAACCCCGACGAGGCGCCCGCGCCUUGCACCUCGCCUGCAGCCCCAGCUGGCGCGGCCUCAGAAUCCUCUGCCUUGUCUGCGGCCUCCGCGGCUCCUUCGGCGGCUGCCGCUGCGGCUCAGCUAGGCUCUGCCUGCGGCUGCCAUCCCCCCCCGCGGGUCGCGCCCGGCGCAGGCCUCUCUCCCUCGUCGCCUGACCGCUCCUGCGAGGCGCCGCCGCCGCUCUACCGCCACGCGCCCCGGCGCAUCGCGGCGCCCGCACGCUCGCUGCAGCAGCUGCUCGCCGCGCCGCCGCUGCCGCCGCUGCGCCUCGAUCUCCUCCCCCCCCCGCAACCGCGGCGAGGCCCUGCCAAACUCGACAGGCGCGGCGCGGUCUCCACCGACGUCCGGUGCAUCGUCGGCAGCGACCCGCCUCAGACCGCCCGGUCAACCGGCGAGGAGAAGCGCCUCCUCCGCGAUGCGGAGGAGGCGCAGGAGCCGCAGAGGAAGCGCCGCAAGGAAGGCGACGAGGGCGCCGCCGCGGGCGGCGGGGCGGUGUCGCCUGAGCAACUCCGCAGCAGUGGUGAGGACUUCCUCGCGGACUUCUUCGAGCUGCAGCAAGGCCAGCCGCAAGGCCUAGAACUCGUAGACACCUUCGCCGCCGCGACCGCCUCCUCCGCAGCCCCGGCGCGGCUUCUCCUGCCGCCGCCGCGACCGUCAGCGGCGGCGAAGCGUCCCAGCGAGCUGCCGGCGCCUUCGUCGGCUCCUUCGCCCUGCGCCGCUGCGCCCCCGGCGGGGUUGGCAUCGCGUCCGCGUUUGCAGCGCGGCGACAGGGAGAGGGAGGCGGCCGCAUCGGCAGAAGAGGCCCCCGCCUCCGCCGCGAGCUCGCUGCUGAGUCUGCUGCAGCGGCAGGUCGCUCAACGGAGUGUCGCCGCGCCCUCGGCAGUUCUCAAGCAGCAGCUGCAGGAGGAGGAAGCCGACCUUUCGCUGCUGCCGCCGCUUCCGCUCCUCCAUCGGCAGCUCUACCGGGCUCUGGAGCCUCAGUCCCCGGCGCCCUGUGCGCGCGGGGCCUCCAAGCCCGCGCAGGCGGGUCCCGUCUCGGACGGCGAGCCUGCGCCGCCGGCGGGCGCCCCCCCCUUCGCGUGCGAGCCGCGGCUGAGGCGGAAGCUGCUGCGCUGCACGCGGCGGAGUCUGUUGACGCCCGGCGCAUGUCUGCUGUCCGCGAGCGGCGCAGGCAGCAGGUGGAAGAUCUACAGGAACUUUCUCUACGUCAAGAGUCGCCUGGCGGGCGUCGCCACGGGCGAGGUCCCCCUCGAUCCAGAUGGGCUCUCCGCCGACCGCGUCUCUUUCGCGCCAGGGCCUGGCGGAGCCGGGGAGCCGCGUCGGCGCGGCCUGCCGGCGGACCACGCCGCCUCCUCACUUGCGCUGUCGUCCGGCUCGCUGCUGCCGCCGGGUGCGGCGGCUUCUUCGACGCUUCCGCUGCUGCAGUCCGCUGCGCGGCGCGUGCGUCUCUCGCAGAAGUACCGCCAGGCGGCGGUGCGGCUGAGUCGCGACGGGCGGGAGGCGGCGAUCGACGCGGGCUGCGGGACUGUUUUGGCGACGCACGGUUGUGUGGAGGGCAGCUUUUUCUUCGAGGUGAAGAUUCAGAGCCUGGCGCGGGUCCCCGAGGCCGCCUGCGGAACGGGACGCAGAGGCGAGGAGCCGGAGCCGCGGCUGCAUCGCGACGUGCAGCGCGAGAGGGCUGCCGAGAGGGAGAGACGACGCAAGGCGAAGAGCGAAAUCCGCGUCGGCUGGGCCACGCGGCAGCAGCCGCCGAGCUGUCCGCUGGGAGCGACCGUGCACAGUGUUGGGUUUCGCGUAGUUGGCGAGGAGACCGACCGGGGCGGCGCUGAGGAGGCGCGACUCCCUGGAGGCGUGGCUUGGGGUGGCAGCGAAGUUGCCUACGGCCUGCGGGCGCGCGAAGGCGACGUGGUUGGCUGCUUUAUUCGCUUAGUGCCGCAGCGGGCGGCGGCGCGCGUGGAGGCGGGAGCGGGAGACGCGCCGAGUGAGCGCUUCUCGGCGACAGAUGUCUACGCUGUGCGCACCCUGGCAGACAUGGACAGCCUCAGUCAGGGGUUUUUCCGCUACGCGAGCGUGUCGCAGCCGCCGCGCGUCUCGCCUGCGUUUCCCGCUGCCCCCUGCGCCGCCGCGGCUUCCCCGUGGAGCUGCGGCUCCUUCGUGCAGUUCUCUCUGAACGGCCGCCCGCAAGGCCUCUGCGUGUUCAACGGUGGCAGCGACUACCUGCUGAGUGCCGGCGAGUACUUCCCCGCGAUCUCGCUCCUCAACGGCGGCGCCUGCACCGUGAACUUCGGGCCUUCCUUCCUCUUUCCGCCGCCCCCCGCGACGCCCGCCUCUGCGCCCUUCCUGCCGGCGUGCCUGCUACCGGUGCCUCGCCUGCCGCCGCUCACCGUCGACGUGCUGCCCUUCCUCGUCUCCCAGGCCUCCUUCUUCCUGGAUAGACCCGCGAAGCUGCUGCGGCCUAAGACGCUCGCGGAUAUCUUCGAAGACCUCUGGCUCGCACCAGCCGCGCCCCCCAAUGCGCGAACGGCGGAGGCGCGCAGCGAGAGACCGCGCGGCGCGGCGCCCGACGACGCGCUGGCGCAGGUCGUGAGGCGCCUGGCGAUUCCGUCGGCGCACCUUGCGCAGCUCCGCGCGGGCUUUCGCAAGCGCCGCGAGUUCGAGGGUCUGCUCGAGAGCCUCAGCGGUCACGCGACGCUGCGCCUCCUUCACGCCUGCGCGCUCUUCGUGCUGCAUGCUCACAGGUUGACCUGUGCAAAGAGGAGGCAGCGCGACGCGGGUGCAGCCGAGACAGCGUCUGAGGCGGAAGCGACGCGGGCGCGCGCGACCCAGCCGGCGGCUGCGGCUGCAGCUGCAGCGGCGCCGCGAAGAAGGGGGGGGGGUGACACGACAGCGCAAGCGGAGGCAAAGGGGGCAUCGCGCGGUCUCGAGGGAGAGAGUCCAGCAGAGACGCAGGGCGAGGAAGCAGAAGCUCCACGGCAACAGGAGGAGCACAGCGAGGCGCAGGGCGAGCGGGAGGGUGCAUUCACGCAGGAACAAAAUACGCGCAAGCACGUCGAACACACAGCGAGGCAAGUCCAGGACCCGGCGAACAAGCGAAGGCGAAAGAGUCGCAUGUGGACGCGGUGGAGAUUCGGAGGCGUUGAGUCGAGCGAGGGAGAGUGGGCGGAAGGGUCGCUCAGCGCCGCGAGCUCAGACCUCUCCAGCGUCUCCUCCGACUCGGAUUUUUCUGAAGACGAGCGAGCGGAGACCGAAAACCCUUCUAGCACUUCUCCCCGCCCUGGUGCGGCAGCGAACCCUACACUGCAGAAGAAGACGCCUGCUGUUGAGACGUCUUCUAGCCCGGCGUGCGCGCUGUGCGAGGUGGCCUCUAGCGCCACGGUGCCGCAGAUCGACUUGACUGAUCCUGCGGCGGCGUUCCCCUCCUUUUUCCUACCGCGCGCGGCCUUCUUGUCGCCGCUUCUUCUGGCGUUUCUCGAGCGUGAAGAAGGCAAAUGGGCGCCAGUCGACGCGGACCUCCUCUUCCGGCUGGAGCGGCUGCAUCACCUCCGCGCGAAGCGCCGCACCGCAGCUGCUGCGCCGGCGCCGGCGCCCACGUCGGGAGGGCCUGGCGAGUCUCCGCCGGCUUCCACCGCGGCGUCGGGCGGCGGUGCGGGCGCGUGUGCGGGCGAGCGCGCCCUCGAGAAGCGCGGCGGCGGCGGCGCGAAGCGAGGUCGAGGCACGGAGAGGAAGAAGGAGGAGCGCAGCAGCGCCGACCUGGCAGCGGUGCGGCGCUUCUGGGGGGGCCACGUGUACGCGCCGGAAGACCGCGAGACGAUUCAAGUCGGGAACGUCUCGCUCGAGGUGCCUUCUUUCUGGCUCAGCGGCGACGCGGAGGACGGCGACCUGGAGGCUGACGGUCAGGAGGAGGAGCGAAGCGAAGAGAAGGACAGAGCCCGCGCGUCGAGCGGCGCCGUGGGCGCGACAGCGGCGGCGAGGGAGAAGAGGCGCGAGAUGCGCAGCAAAACGUGCAAAACGUCGGCUGCGCGGAGGUCAGGCAAAAACGCCUCCUCCGCGCCGUCCGGGGCGCCGCUCUCGGAGACUGAACAGGAGUCUCUGCGGCUCUUGCGCGCGGUCGUGGAGGACGCACUCGACUCUUCCGCGGCGUUUGCAGGCAGGGACGAAGACGACGGGGAGCGCGCCACGCGCCAAGCCGACUGCCUCAUGCGGAAGCUGGGGCUCUCCGCGGUGCAGAUCCUCGAGGGCCUCGGCGCGAAGCUCCAGGUGUACGAACACCAGUCCGGACUCUGCCAGGCGCUCGUCAGGUGGCGACAGGCCUCCGCGAAGGCGCAGGGCUUCCUCGCCGAGGAAGUGAAGGAACUCGCCUGUCGCUUCUGGCUCGGACAACACGCCUCCCUGUUGCCUCUGUAG